UAUUUUUAACUAAGAGACAAAUAUCAUAAAAUUUUAAAAGACUUAAUUUUAUGAAAAAAUAAAUUAACCAACGUAUCUUUUAUUACAAAUUUUUCUUAAAUUAUUCAAGUAUUUUAUUUUCUAAAAGAGGCCACUUUGAUAAGAGUGUUUGGUCUGGGCAAUUUUCUUUUACAUAUCUACAAGGUUUGACUUGAUGUAUUAAUUAAUUAAAGAUCCUUUCAAAUAAAAUUUAGAAGAAAAAGAAAAAGGAAAAAAGAACUCAGCCCCCUUUGACAAGAAAUCCAGUUCCUCUUCCUUCAAUUAUCUCCUUAUUCUUCAAGAAAUCGGUUCUUCAUCUUCUUCCUUAUAUAUAAAUUCCUUCCUCAAAUCAUUAAUCCUUCAAAAAUCACUCCCAUGGCGUCGAUUAAUCGUUCUCCAAUUCUCAUCUUCAUCCUUCUCCAAUUGUUCCUCUCCCAAACCCUAGCUCGAAAGCCCCACCUUAUCGAUUUCCGAUCCCCAAAUCUCUACCCGGAAGGCCUCGUAUGGGAUAAUUCCGCCCAGCAUUUCGUCGUCGGCUCACUCCACCACCGCACUCUCGUCUCUGUCUCCGACGCCGGCGUCGCCGAAACCCUAAUCCACGAUCCCACCCUCCCCGAAAACGUCUCGAUCUUAGGCCUUGCCAUUGAUUCAGUCAACAAUCGCCUCCUAGCCGCCGUCCACGCCGCCCCACCUCUCCCGGAAUUCAACGCCCUCGCCGCUUACGACCUCCGAUCCCGCCGUCGCAUCUCCCUUACUUCUCUCCCUUCCAAUGGAACCUCCAGUCGACGCCCCGUCGCGAACGCCGUCGCGGUCGACUUCAAGGGUAACGCCUUCGUUACGAACUCCGCCGGAAACUUCAUCUGGAGGGUCGAUAAAGGCGGAUCGGCGUCGAUCUUCUCAAAAUCAGCGAGUUACAAUUCUUAUCCCGCAACUCCGAACGAAGUCUACUCGUCGUCAGGGCUAAACGGUGCCGUUUAUGUGAGCAAAGGGUACCUUCUGGUGGUGCAAUCAAACACCGGAAAGAUGUAUAAAGUCGACGCCGACGACGGCACGGCGAGGCUGGUUUUGCUGAACAAAGAACUGAAAGGGGCGGACGGGAUAGCGGCGAGGAGAGACGGCGUCGUUUUGGUUGUCUGUUACAGAAAGCUGUGGUUCUUGAAGAGUGAGGAUAGUUGGGGGGAGGGGGUGGUUUAUGACGAAAUUGACCUUGAUGAAGAAAAGUUUGCUACCGCUGUAACUGUGGGGAAUGAGGGGAGAGUGUAUGUGUUGAAUGGGUAUGUGAAUGAGGGGUUAAAUGGUAAUUUGGGGAGGGAGAUGUUUGGGAUUGAGGAAAUGAGGUCUACCAAAGAGAGUGAAGAAGAAAGAGUUUGGAUAUAUCUAUUGAUUGGCUUUGGAUUGGCUUAUUUUUUGUUUUGGAGAUUUCAAAUGAAGCAACUCAUAGGCAAUAUGGAUAAGAAAACUACUUGAUUUUUUUCCCUCUCUUUUUUAAGGUUUUUAUUUAUCCAAUCAUGAAUAACACUCUUGAUUUCUUGUAAUCUUCUUUUUCUUUGUUUUAUUUAUUUAGUUUCUCUUUUAUAACAUCGACUUUUUUUGAUGAA